AUGUCGCGACUUGCAUUUUCCCUUGAAACGCCAAAUUCUACUGAAAUGUCAGAGCACGCAUCUUUAUGCUCGUCCGCGAACGCUCGUCCGAUUAUCGGCGGCGCAGACACUCGCACAACCGAGGCAAAUAGCUCAAGAGCGUCCAUCUCGCCAGCACCGUGCGGUCCUGUCGGUCUUCCGUUAUCCAGCGCCCUUGCAGCCUUCUCCGAGAGCGGUGAAGCUGCGGGGCUCGUUUUGGAGCAGAAGUUGUCCAGAUCUCGAAGCCUGCCGAGCUUACUGUCUAUUCUUUGCACAAGAGAGGCCACCUCGAGAGGCUACUGGUUUGUCGUUGGAAAAAAAUAUGGUGCUCGACGAGAACGGCAACCUUGCACCUCGUCAAAGGUGAUGUUUGGCAUCCGCGGUACUACGCAGCCGAGAGUCGACAUCGAGCACUUCAUCUAUGGCAGCGAUAUCAGAGAGAUCAUUCGCUCCUUUGUCUUCAUCCGCGUCGAAGGCGAGCUGAGAGAGGAAGGCGUCACGACUUUGUACGCAGCGAACUUUGCGAUCCGGAGUGGUUGCAUCGUCUUCAACUCGCAGGGACCGCACACUAUCCUUCCACUGCCUCUCGGUUCGUUCUUGAAGGCGGCUCUUGGGAAAUUCUUGCGCUCUGCUCUGGGGCCGCCUACCUCAAUUGCGACCAUGUCGCGCUGGAGCAGAGGCUCUGGACUGCUGAUGACCACCUGUUGUCGUUCAACCCUCUAAAAGCUGUCGAACAAGUCAUCUCUAUGUCAACAAAGAGAUUGUAUUACAUUACAAGCUG